GCGCACAGGGCGGUGCCCGUCCCUUUAACUGGCACGUACCAAGUCCUUCCAGAGCCCAUCUCCUCCCUGGGUCCAGGCGUUCGCUCUCCUCGGUCGCAGACCCAAGAGGAGGGAAUGUGGAGCCGGUGGUGUAUUUUGCGGGAGUUGUGGGCCCACAGGGAGUGAGCGGGGGCCGGGAAGGACCGCGCGGGCUCAGCCCUCCCCUCCGCGCGCCGUGGUCCAGUCCCAAGAUGGCGGCCACCAUGAAGAAGGCGGCUGCAGAAGACGUCAAUGUUACUUUUGAAGAUCAACAAAAGAUAAACAAAUUUGCACGGAAUACGAGUAGAAUCACAGAGCUGAAGGAAGAAAUAGAUGUAAAAAAGAAACAACUCCAGAAUUUAGAAGAUGCCUGCGAGGACAUCAUGCUUGCAGAUGAAGACUGCUUAAUGAUACCUUAUCAGAUUGGUGAUGUUUUCAUUAGCCAUUCUCAAGAAGAAACACAAGACAUGUUAGAAGAAGCAAAGUUGCAUAGUUACCUUAUGGGCGGUUGGAGAGGCUCCGGCAGAAGCCAUGCCUGUGACGCAGUGUUUAGCAGAAGUGGCCGACGUGUUUAUGGAGGGUUCUUUGUUUAUUCAGAUAUGAAAAAUUUGCAAGAAGAAAUCGACGCCUUAGAAUCCAGAGUGGAAUCCAUUCAGCGGGUGUUAGCAGAUUUGAAAGUUCAGUUAUAUGCAAAAUUUGGGAGCAACAUAAACCUUGAAGCUGAUGAAAGCUAAACAUUUUAUAUUACCUUUAAAAUUUGUUUAAUAAACUUGAAUAUUGUUUAAAUGAUAAUUUUCCUUUUUCAAAUGAUAUGAAAAGCAAAACUUUCUUUUUUAAAAAAGAUUUCAUUUAUUUAAUGGAAACUUGCCUAUUUUCACAUGUCUUGCUUAUUUAUUUUAUAUUUUUAAAAGAAGACAGUAUUCAUCUAUGUAUUUUGCAUAACGAUUCUAUCAAGUGUAGGGGUUUUGUGUCAUGUUAUUAAAAUCAGUUAAGCAAUCUUU